AUAAGAUCACAUGGUGUUUUUGCAUACUCCGUUAGAGGGAAGCACAUAUAAAUCUUGAACAAACAUGACUGCUAACAAUUUCUUCGUAAAUACGUAUCUUAUUGUCAUUAAAGUAAAAUUGAUUAAUUAAAACGAUGCAACGGUUUUUUGAAACGUAAUUUAUGACCCUGAGUGUUCUUGAAGUCGGUGGCCUCUGAGACAAUAAUGAUGCUGUCUCGAAAGUGAGUUCAUAACUGUUAUAAAAUAUGCAAAAAGUAAAUGAUUCCAUUUAAUAUUCUUAAAAUAUGGAUUUUUAUGAAAUAUAAGUAUCGUCAUGUUUUCAAUGAACGAAACAAUUAGGUUACGUUGACAAGAAGAAUGCAGUUCUAUACUAAAUAAUAUUAAGUUUAUGUUGAUUAAAAAAAAGCAAUAAGCCAAGAUGAACUAUGAUUGUUCGAACUUUUAUGUAGUAACAUUAAAUAAUCAUUGCAUAACUCUAACAGAUUAUUUUUUAUACAUAUUUGUGUAUAUGUAUAGUAUAUAAAAUAAUCUGUUUAUAUUUACAAAAUGCCUCACAUAACACGAAAAUGGGAACUUUUCCCAGGCAGAAAUCGAUUUUGUUGUGAUGGUAGAGUAAUGAUGGCACCACAAACUGGAGUUUUUUAUGUGACUGUGUGUCUCAUUGCUGGAACAAGUGGAUUAUUUUUUGCUUUUGAUUGUCCAUUUUUAGCAGUUCAUAUAACACCUGCUAUUCCAGUUAUUGGUGGUUUAUUAUUUAUUUUUGUAAUGUCUGCUUUGUUCAGAACAAGUUUUAGUGAUCCUGGUGUUAUUCCAAGAGCAACUCUCGAUGAAGCUGCCUAUAUUGAAAAACAGAUUGAGGUGCCAAACAAUGGUAAUUCUAAAAUGUAUAGACCUCCACCUCGAACAAAAGAGGUAUUAGUCAAAGGACAACCAGUAAAAUUAAAAUAUUGUUUUACUUGUAAAAUAUUUAGACCACCAAGAGCUUCACAUUGUAGCCUAUGUGACAACUGUGUAGAGAGAUUUGAUCAUCAUUGUCCAUGGGUGGGAAAUUGUGUUGGUAGGAGAAAUUAUAGAUAUUUUUAUGCCUUUAUUGUCUCUUUGGCAUUUCUUUGUGUUUUCAUAUUUGCAUGUGCUGUUACACAUUUAAUAAUGCUCACAAAAGAUGAUAGACCAUUUUUAGAAGCAGUGAGGAUAUCUCCUGGAAGUGUUGUUGUAGCAGUUAUAUGUUUUUUUUCUGUUUGGAGUAUUCUUGGUCUUGCUGGUUUUCAUACAUAUUUAACUACUAGUAAUCAGACAACUAAUGAAGAUAUUAAGGGGUCAUUUUCUAUUAAAACAGGGCAAGAAAGUUUCAAUUUAUAUAGUCAAGGAAAUAUAUGUGGAAAUUGUUUCUAUGUAUUGUGUGGACCAGCGCCACCUAGUUUAAUUGAUCGAAGAGGUAUUGUAACUCCAGAAUAUCGUGCAGAACAAGAAAGAAUUAGUAGUGACAAUGUAAUUACUAAUAAUAAAACUUAUGGUACUGUAAAAAUUAUACAACCACAGUCUAAUGGUACAACUGUUCAAACAAAUCCUAGUCCAGAUCUCACAGGUUCUAUAAACAAUCUCGUUUCUGAUCAACAUUCGUCACAAAUUGAAUCAAUAAAUGGUGAGUUAAAUCUUUUGAGGCACACUACUCAUUAUCCAGAGGAUCUUUCGAAAUAUUCACAAGAAUACAUUGAUGAUACUUAUGUUCCGGCAUAUCCCCGACAAUAUUGUUUUCAGGAUUCCAUAAAACAUGUAAAGUAUGAUACAGAAAUAGAAAAUCCAGAUUUUCAAAGAUAUCCAUGUAGGUGUGAAGAGAAUUUACAUAAAUAUUCUCAUAAAUGUAGGGAAGAAUAUCAUAGAUGUUCGGAUAAUAAUUUAAUAUAUGAUCAAUGUGUUAGUGAUCAAAAAUAUGGUAUUGAUCUUCAGAAAUAUCCGAAAAGAUAUUCCGAAGAUUCUGUACGAUAUAAAAUUAAUGAUAAAAGUAUUUACACUGAUCUCCAAAAAUUUCCACAAUGUUACUCUGAAGAUCCACUACGAAUAUCUCAAUCUCAUACUCUUAAAUAUAAUAAUUUGAGGUGCACUGUUCAUGGUUUAAAAUAUCCAAUAUCAAAGAAUCUUUUGCCAACUGUUGUAAUGUCACGAAUAUUAGGGGCAGGAGGAAUGCCAAUUAUUGGUCAAAAUGCAAUAGGACUAGCAGUUAACAGAUUUGGUUCAGAACCUUUAACUAAUGCUUUUUCUUAUACAGAAAAUUCUUUAUGUCCAAAUGAUAGUACUGAAGAAGAUCUUUUAAAUCAAAGAUUUAUCAUGAGUUCAAUAAGCGAUAAUGAUGAUAUUUAAUGUUUUUUUAAAUAAUUUUUUGUCCUCUUUUUAAAUUAAUAUUAAAUUUUAUUUAUUGGAAAAGAAAAAAUCUAAAUGGCUAUAAUUGUUAAGAAAUAAUUUUAAUGUUAAAAUUUUAAAAUAUAAUAAAAUAUAAAAUAUAUAAAUUCUAUUACUAUUAAUAUAUAAUAAAUAAAAUUUUAUUAUGUAUAUAAAUAUUAUUAGCAAAGAUAAUAGUAAUAGUAAUAGUAUUAAAAAAUAUUAAAUAUUAACAAAAAUAAUCAUUAUAUAAUUGUCUAUAUUUUCUUAUUAUAACAUAUAUACUAGAUUUUUAUGGAUAAAAAUUCAAGUUGAAUUUGAUUAUUAUUAAUAUUGUUAUUAAGAUUUAUUUAUUUUUUAACAAUUUAUUUGACAAUUUAUGUACUGAAUAUACAUAUAUAGAUUUUUUUUUUAAAAAAGAAGAGAGAAAUUAGUAUUUUUGUUAUAACAUUAUAUAUUUUGAUUGAGAAAAAAAUUAAAAUAUUAAUUUCAUUACAAUUUUUUAAUAUUUUACAAAAAUACGCAAAUAAUUAUUUGUUUUUUAUAUUAUGUGAUGAAAAUAAAUGAAAUAUAAUUAUUUUAGAAUAUUAAUCUUAAAGCAAAAAAAAUUAAUCUAAAUAUAAAUUUGAAUUAUCAUCAAAUAUAAAGUAAAUUUAAAUUUUUUCUUAUUUUGUCAUAUUUUUAUAUGAUUCAAUAAAUUAUAUUUAUUUGUUGUUUAAAAAUUACGUCCUGUAUCGAGGGCUCAGAGCAUACAAUUUGGUAAGUUAAUUUUCCUUUAUUCCAUUCAUCAUUGUGUGUAUGUUUAAUAUGAAUGAAUAUAUUUAGAUAUUUAUUAAUAGCCGUUAAUAAACACUUUAAAUACAAUAUAUCCUAUAUUUUUAAAAACUAAUUUCGAAAUUUUAUAUCAAUUUAAGGGUUUAUGGAUUUGUGACUAAUUAAUUUUUUCUUAUUUUUGGUACUGGGAUUGUGAAAAUAUGAUAUGUAAAUAAAUAUAUGUAUAGUUAUAUAUGUAUAUAUAAAUAUGUGCAUAAUUUCAUAUAUAUAAAAAAUAUAUUAUAAAUUUAUGCUUGUACAUAAUAUCAAAAUAUAAUAUCAAAAUUUUUUUACAUUAUACAACACAUGAUCAAUAUAAGUUAUUUAUUAUUAUUUUUGGUUUUAAUCAGACAUAUAUAAAUUAAUACAUAUAUUCGUAAAGAAUUGAUUUUAAUAUCUAAAACAAAUAUAAGAAUUGAUAUAUAAAAAUAUCGAUUGAGAUUUAUUUAAUAAAUUAUAAGAAAUUGAAAUUAGAUGAAACAUGAUAGAAAUAGAUAAUUUUGUCUUUAACACAUUGUUAUUUCAUUCUGUUUCUAUUUUGUUCAUUUAAUGCAAAUUUAAAUUAUUAUAAUUUAUUAUUAAUUUAUUAUUAUUAUUAUAAUUUAAGAAAUAAAUCUUAAUAAUAUUUUUAUAUAUCAAUUUUUAUGUUUAUGUUAUACCUUCUGGAAUUGAUCUUUUAAAAGUGUCCCAUGAAUAUUAACAUUUUAUAUACACAGAGAAAACACAUCUUACUGCUUGGGAUAUUUUCUUUAUUGCAAUUUAGUUUUAGUUUAUUUUCUUUAUUAUGCAACAAAAUUUCACAAUUAGUAGUGCACUUUUACAUUGAAUUGCAUUAUUCAAUUUUUAUUUCUAAUAAGCGUUUGUAACGGCUUUUUAUUGGACUUUAAUAGCAAUUAUUGAAAUUUUUAUAUUUAAAACUAUAUAUGAAAUGUAUAUACAUAUAUAUACAUAUACAUAUAUAUAUGUUAGACUAUUUUGUACAAUUAAUUAUUAUUGAAUAUUUAUUUUUAGGUAGUACUACAAACAGCGUGAGUCAACUUGUUACCAAUGAAGUACCACUAGCAUCACUUAAUAUAGCUCCAAUUGAUAUCGAUGAAAUUGCUCCGUUGCCUUCCCGUCAAAGUGUUGUCGUUUCAUCUACAUUGGAUACAUCUUCUAUACCUUCGGUAACUGUAACAACACCUUUGUCUGCAUCUAGACUUAGAUUGUUACAAGAUACUACCAUGAUAGAGUCUGCUUUAGAUUUAGAUUCAUUGGAAGAUGCAAGUGUUGGUAGAGGCAGUCAAGCAGGACUUAUAAAAAUGGGAGCAGUAUAACUAAUAUAUUUUAUCUAGAUUUAGAUUUUAUUUAGUUAGAUUAUAGAUUAAAUUUUUAUCUAAUUAUUUAAAAUUUUUUUAAAAAACCAUCAGUGCUUAUUAAAGAAUAGUGCAGGUCUAUUUUUUUCUAUUAUAUUCGUAUAAUUCUUUUUUAAAACUUAUUAUUAUAUAUCAUAAAACUUAUGAAUAAAAAAAUUAAAUUAUUGUUUGGUUUAUAAUAAAUUUAUCUAAAUUUUAAUUUAUUUAAUAAAAAAUUAGUAAAGAAUAGUAAUGUAAAAUGGUUUUCUUAUCUGCACUAUUCAUUCAUGAUAACAUUGUUAAUUCCAUUCCAAUUAUUUAUAUUUUUCUUUUAUUAUUAUAAAAAAUUAUAAAAUUGUGGUGAUUUAACAUAAAUUAUGAUACUCUUAAUAUUAUAUACAUAAACAAAAGAUAUCUGAAUUAAGAAAAAACGCACUACUUAAUCAACUUAAUAUGAAUUUAUAAUUGAAUUUAUCUAUUUUUUUGAAUAACUUUAUAACUCAUAAACUGUAAUCUUAUUUUUGUCAUGCAAUGUACUGGACUAAAACAUUUAAAUUCUAAUUGAAUUAAUGUAUCUAUACUUAAAACUCUUUAAUAAAAAUUAGUCAUUAAAUAUCAAAAUAGAGAGAAAGAAUGUGUAGAUAACUUAUUGAGCAAAUUAUAUUAUUAGAAAAUGUGUAAAUGCUUUAAAAUUAAACAUUAAAAAUAUAAUAAUUUUUAAAGAUCAAAAAAACUAUAAGUUUUAAAGAUUAAAGUUUUUAAUUAUAUUAAUUUUUAAUUAUAUUAAUUAUAUUAUAUAGUAAUCAGUUAUUACUGGAAAUAUUAAGUAUUAUAAUUUUAAUUUUUCAUAUUAAAGUAAAGUAUUAUUUUUUUUAUUCAACUUGCUAUGUACAGUGUAAAGAAAAUUUUGUAAAUACAAGAAUUUUCAUAAAUGUUAGUAUAGUUUUGCAAGCAUUUAAACAAUUUAUUAUAUAUCAAUGAAUUGUAUUAAGCAUUUUAAAAAUAGAAAUAUCACUGCCUAAUUUUUAAAUAUAUAAUUUGUGCAUUGACAUUGCAUGUCAUUAUUUAAUGUAAUCAAAAAAUAUUAUUAUCAAUAUUUUUAAAUUGGAUAUUAUUUAUGUGAUGAAUUGCAAACAUAUUUAUCAGUUAUUUUAUUAUAUAAAAAUUGGUAUUACAUUUAUUUUAAAACUAUUUUCUUUUUGUAUAUAUUAUGUGUACAAUACUGUAUGUAUAUAUUGUGUAGAUGUUAUUAUAAGAUAAUACUGUAAGUGAAAGAUAUAUUGAGAUGUAUUGUAUAAUAUAAAAUCCUUUAAAAUUUUUAAAUAUCAAAUGAUGAUGCAUGUAAUAAUUAAUAUUUUGGGAAAUGCAGAAAUUAAGUACUAUUUAUUAAAAUACUAGUACUAUUUAUUCAAUUAUUUGUUUUACUUCAAAUGUAUGUAUAAUUUUACAAAAAUAUUUAAUUAUGACAUAAAAUAUUAGGAUAAAAUUAUUAAAUACAUAUAAUUUGUUUUUGGAUAUAUUCAAUGUAUACAUAAUUUAUAUUAUAUAGAUUAAUAAUUUAAUACUUUUACAUGAUAAUUUACAGAUAAUGCGACUUAUCUCUGUACACAUAAAUAUAUCAUCACCAUGUUAAA